AUGCAGUCGAUGGCUCAACAAGAUGACGGUUUGGGCGACGAAAACGUACAUGUAAAAGAACUAAAAAGGGUGAGUUUUUUUUCAAAAAAUCGAUUCACUUCAUAAAAAAACUAUUUUGCAGCUGUUCAAUUCCUGCAAUUCGGAACGAAAUGGGCUGUUAGACAAGGAAGGACUGCUCAUUUUGUGCGACAAACUCAGCUUGUCGGUUUUUGCGGGAAGCAUAAUCGAACGAGUGCUUCUAACGGACCAUGCUAUUAACUUUAACGUGAGCUGACUUCCGCAUUUCCUGAAUUAGCCUCAAAAACCUCAAUUUGCAGCAAUUCAAAGACCGCUUCCUACUAUUCCUGCCGGAAAUCAUCGACUUGGCGUCCGGAAACCAAGAUGAACUGCUGAUUGCUGCCUACAAAUCCAGUUCCUCGCUUGGCAUUAAAGACACGCAACGGUGUGUGGCGUAAUUGUUUUGCCAUUAGAUUGAUGAGCGAUAUUGUUGCAGUCUGACACGUUAUGACGUCCACACAAUCUGCGAGUCGACGUCGGAGCUGGAUCUUCUGUCGGUCGGCGAUGUGAAUGGGAUAUUCGAUAAAUGCGCAAUAUCGGGCAAAGUGACUCUGGUCGACUUUGUGUCACAGUACAGGGCACGUCAAAAGAUGUCGGAAGAAGUGAGAGUGGAUAAUUUGCGGCAUCAGUCAUUUUAUGCCUUCAGAUUCACUUUAUUGCCGAUUCCUACCGGAUAUCAACAGUCAAUUUGUUUGAAUCUCUUGAUGUUUCCAACACUGGGUGAGCAGCCGCUAUAGCCGAUCAAUUGUGCUUCAAAGAGCCAACGAUUGGGAGAAAUGCAAUGAAUUAUUCCUUUAUUUUGUAGAGAAGCUGAUCAUUCGGCCGUCAUUGAAUAUCUAACGACUUCCGGACUCAAGUUAGAAGAAGCCAUCUCUUUGUUGAAGGUACUGCUCACAUUUUAUGCUUCUCUGAACACUCUUUGUUCCAGGAUUUCGGGCAGCCGUCAUCAGCCAUGAUUGGACUAGUUGGGCUCGGAAACUACCUCGAAACAACACUAUCCCAUCUUCUCAACUCUUCUCCGAUUGCCGCCAGAGCAGCCUUCUACUGCAUGAAAUCUCUUUUGGAGAACUAUAGGCAAUAACUUUGCCCCUGGCCAACAACAAAUUACUGUUUUCUUUAGAUGCACUGUCCGGGAAUUUGAAAUGCGGUGUGAGCACUUGCAAAAGCAGAUUCACAUUGCCAAUCAACGAAGAACGCUUCUCAUUGAAGAACUUGAUCAGAAUCAGCAAAGCAUCGAAGCGAGUUACAACAACAGACUCAAGUGAGUUUCGCUUUUUCUUUUUAUUAAAUUCCUUAUCUUAAUUAUCUUUAGAGAAAUGGAAGAGCGAUGCAGGGGACGAGUUGCCGCGAUGGAGGAGAAGUUCCGGAUGGAAAGGCUAGAGAUGCAAAAGGAAAUGGAGACCGUAAGCUGAUUGCAGAUGUUUAGAAAACAUAAUUUCGUUUAGAUUGAGAAAGAUCUGUCGUUUGUGCGACAUAAUGAAACAUCUCUGAAGAACAAACUGCAACUGGUGGAACGGCACAACAAGCGUAUUAGCACGGAACUGCAAGAUCAAACGGACGCAGUCAGCGUUUUGGAGCAGGAAAACCGAGAGCUUCGAGCGGAACUGAGGAAGAAGCAACAGUUCCGGGUGUCCGAGGAUAAUGCGAAGAUUAUGGCUUGGAAGCAGAAAGUGGAACUCAUGGUCGCCCAUAAUAAGGUUUGCAUUUUGAAAUCUUCACAGCCCCUAACGACUACUAUUCUCAGAGGUUACGGGAGAAGCUGAGAGACAUUUCGAAAAAUUCCAAAUACGAUCACUCUUCGGAUACGUACAUCCAAUGGACACCACCAUUCCGCAGUCAGCUACUGUUGAUCCGGAAGCGUCGAAUACAAAAAGGAGACACGUUAUCAGAGAUGGACAGUGAACCGGAGUCAAUAUUCUAUAGACGACGACGGAAAAGGCUGCACAAAAAACGGGAUCGCAUGCGUAGAUACGAAAGUAUCCAUAACUUACAAUCGGGUUCAAAUCGUGAGUGUUUUAAAGUUUUCUCGUGGACAAAUCUAAUUUUAGGUCAAAACGACGAUGGUACAAUAACAACGUUCAGUGAGAAUAGUAGGGGUUCAAUGUAAGUUCUUAUCGGAAACAGAACCCAGAAAACUUAAUCUUAGCAGAUUGUCACCAAGGAAUCGAGGAAUGCUGAUAUCGUUGAAUGACAAUGAUCAAAACUUGUCCAGUGAUCGACUGCUCAUCAACAGGGCAAAGGUAGGAAACCACUCUUGAAAACUUGUAAAUAACUGAAAUUCUGGAAUCAUCUUCAGUCUUUACUCGAAAAGUAGGUUGAGGCAAGUGAUGAAAGUAGAAGUCGUUGGUCCGCUUGUUGUCAUUGUUUGAGGUCGUACAGUGAGAUCAGUCAACUAUGGUUUUUAUUCCGCACGAGCUCGGCAAACUUCCAUUUCAAAACGUUCCGCUUACUUUUUCCCUCGUUGCUUUUGUUUCGGCGUUUAGUUGCUGUUGCGUUCAUGAAAAAUGUAGAAUCCCAAAUGCUAACCAAUCGGAUUGACGUACUUUGCAAAAAAAUAAGUAAUUUUCAGAAUUCGGACCGAACAAAAAAGUCCGCAACUGCAUUCGAUGAACUCCCACACGUGAAUGGCUAUGAAGUUGAGAUCAAAGUACGCUUUUGUCUCAAAACUUUCAAAAUAUCGCCCUUGCAGAUGCUUCAAUCAUCACUAGCCGCUCAAAAACAAAUGUACGAGGGUCAAAUUCUGAACUUGACCAGAAAAGUGUCCCAACUGCAAAACAGUGAGGAAUCAUCCACCCGGUUUUACUCCUUCUUUGAAAAAUACAGGUAGCAGUCAAACUUUUUGGUAGGAAAUAACGAACCAAUGAAUUGCAGAACAAAUGACACUGAAAUCAAGUCGCCGGGAACUAUCAGUGUAGAGAAAAACGGGUCUCGCAACCGAAUCGCCACGACGUUCUGCGCACGAUGCGUCAAAAUUGAGCCCAAGAUAAAUGACCUCAACAUUAUCUUAGGAGGAACUAUCAAGAACAUGACCAUUGAGGAUCCGGUGCCUACCAUUAUGAAUCAAGUGAGUCGAGAAGAAGAGUUGAAGAACAAGUUUGUGCUCCUGCAGGAUCAUGCGUAUCUCCACACCGAAAUAGGAAGGCUGAAGAGUCGGUUGGCUUCUGCAAAGUGCAAAGUGUCAGAAAUAGUGGCCAUAAUGGCUUUACCUGUAGCAGUGCCACGUCAUCAUGCGGCCAGCGACUUCUCUAAACCGCAACCGUUUUCAAUUCGGUGAGGAUCGUUUCUUCGGCGGUUAUGAGUUGACUCAUUUCUCAAUUUCCAGAAACCAACGAUCAUUUGCCGAUCUUCGCGAACGAACGCCAUUAUCCGAAAAGUCUGAAUCAUCCCGUGAUUGCGUAAUCGACCCGUCUCAAUUCACUCCGUCAAGCAUUUUUUCGAAACAGUUUUAA